ACUUUUCAAGCAUUUCCACCACAAGCGCGUUCAGUCACUCCACAACGGCCCCUUCACGACGUAACUACUGCUGUCAAUUGCCCUCGAUCCCCUAGGACAAUAGCUAUUCUCGCGCCCUUUCUACACCUAAAUCAUUCAAGAUGUCCAAGGGAACCGUGUGCCUGGCAUACUCAGGCGGGCUUGAUACGUCGGCCAUCCUCAAGUGGUUGCUGGAGGAGCAAUAUGAAGUUGUCUGCUACCUCAGCAACAUCGGCCAGGAGGAAGAUUGGGCUGCUGUCGAGAAGAAGGCUCUCCAGAUUGGCGCCAAGAAGAUGAUCAUUGACGACCUCAAACGCGAGUUUGUUGAGGAGCUUUGCUGGAAGGCUGUCCAAUGUAACGCAAUCUUCGAGGACCAAUACCUCUUGGGAACGAGCUUGGCUCGACCUGUGAUUGCCCGUGGCAUGAUGAAGGCCGCCGCCCGAGAGGGAUGCCAGUUCGUGUCUCACGGCUGCACCGGAAAAGGCAACGACCAGGUUAGGUUUGAACUUGCCUUCUACACCAUCAACCCCCAGAUUCGCUGCAUCAGCCCUUGGCGUCUCCCCGAGUUCUACAAGCGCUUCCAAGGCCGCAACGACCUGCUUGACUAUGCUGCUGAGAAGGGCAUUCCUGUCACCUCCACCAAGGCCAAGCCCUACUCAAUGGACGACAACUUGGCCCACUGCUCCUACGAGGCCGGCAUCCUCGAGGACCCCAAUGUGACCCCCCCGGAGGACAUGUGGACCAAGACCGUCUCCCCCUUGAAGGCCCCUGAUACUCCUCUUGACAUCACCAUCCACUUCGACAAGGGCAUUCCCGUGAAAGUCGUCACCCCGCAGCAGACAUCCACUGAUGCCGUUGAGCUUUUCACUCUGCUGAACAAGGUCGGCGGUGAGCACGGCGUCGGUCGCAUUGACAUUGUUGAGUCGCGUUUCAUUGGCCUCAAGUCCAGGGGCGCUUACGACUCGCCCGCUAUGACUAUCCUCCGUCUUGCUCACAUCUCCAUCGAGGGCCUUGUGAUGGACGGUCGUUUGAGGUCCCUGCGCGACAACCUGAGCAAGCAAUGGUCCGAGCUGCUCUACAACGGCAUGUACUUCAGCCCUGAGCGGGCUUUCUUGCAACCCAGUCUCGACUUCUCUCAGCAGCGGGUCAACGGCGAGGUUCGCCUCCGCUUGUACAAGGGUCACGUCGCCGUCCUGGGCCGCACUUCUCAGGAGAAGCUGUACUCCGAGGAGGAUGCCUCCAUGGAUUCCCUGACCACCUUUGAUCCUUCCGACACUUCGGGCUUCAUCACCAUCCAGGCCAUCCGCCUCAAGAAGUACGGUCUCCAAAUGGCUGAGGCUGGCAUUGAGUUUUAAGAUGGUCAAGCAUUGUCCCCUUUGAAGGUGGCGCAUAUUCGGGGGGUAAGAAUGGAGUUCUCGGACUAAAAGGUAGAUGGUGGUAGUCUAAUUAAAAAAAAUAAAAACUGGAGGGUGGUAGGAAAAGAAAGUUGCGACACAGGCAGUAUAUAAGUGAUAAAAAACAUGUUAAGCAGUC